UGUUGUUCAAAAACACCGCAAAUUUGUUAGAGUUUUUUUUUUCUCGAUUUAUCAUAAAAAUAACGAUUUUCUAGACAAUCACAAUUUACAAAAUGACAACAACCGACGAGAGUAUUAUGGAGCAAAUGCUGGAUCGCGCAACAAAUCCAACGAAGGAGAAGGUAGAUGAAUUGGGCGUGCAAAUGUUUUGCCUGGUUGUACGUAGCAAUACCCAGCUGGUGCAGAAAGCCCAGGAGAUGAUUAUGACCAAAGUGCGAUCCGCAAAUGUGACAGAGGCGACUCGAGGUAUUGCGCUACUGGAGGAAUGCAUGACUCAAUGCGGUGACGUUUUCCAAGAUGAGGCAGCUAAAUUUCGUUUCCUCAAUGAACUCAUACGAUUGGUAUCAAAGAAAUAUAAAGGGGAUAAUACCGCCAUUGAGGUGAAACAAAGGAUUAUGGAAUGCCUGCUGCUAUGGACAACGGAUUUUCCACAACGUCAGAAAAUUCGUGAUGCCUACGAUAUGUUAAGGAAAGAGGGCGAAAUCGAACAUGGUCAGGCAACAGCAGCUGUGGCCAAGCGUGAGAGCGUCCUGGGCACAAUCGAUGAGGCAAUGUUUGCCAAAUUGGUAAAGAGCAAAAAUCCGGAGAAUUUUAAGCGUGCAAAUCUAUUGUUACAAUAUCGUAUGGCCCAGGAGGCCAGACGCAAUGAUCUACUGGCCCAGCAUCGUCUCGUCCUGCGCGAAGUGCAAGAGACAAUGCAAUUGCUCAAUCAAAUGUUGGACACAUACGAUCCAAGCAAUCAGGAUGUGAAUGAGACUAUACAUGAGCUCUAUCAGAGUUGUAAGAAGCAUAAGCCAAUCUUUCAGCAUUUACCACAAUUGCUAGAUGAUUCGGAUGCUCAGUUAACUGCUGAUACAUUGGACGCAAAUGUCGCUUUAGUGGCAAUUAUGCAACGCUAUAAACAAUUGGUACCUACAUCCUCUCAAUCGACAGCUUCAUCAUCGCCUUCUGCUCCAGCUUCAGAUACUGCUGCUCCUCUUCGCACUACUACUACAACAACUACAACUACUACUGCAAUAGCUGGAGUAACUUCUGGUAUAAGCUCCUCCUCUUCCAAUAAUGUACAGCUUCUUAGUGAGUUGUUAGGCGAUUUAAUUGUUGAUGAUGCGACACCAGCAGCAGCAGCAACAGGAGCAACGCAAGCUGCAACGGCAACAGGAAAAGAUGCAACCUCUGCAGCAAAUGUAUCCAGUACAAAUAGUUUCUCGCCUUCUGCUGAUGCCGCGGCCAAUCGUCUGGCCGAUUUGAAUGACAUUUUCAGCACUGCAUUGGCUGAGGGCGAAAACCAUCAGGGCACGGUCUUUAGCAAUGGAACCACUCUAUUGGAGCCCCAAAUUCUGAGUCCCAACCCAGCAGGCGAUGCUUCAGAAAAUGGCAAAUCCUUAUCAGCCACAUGCUCAAGUGCUGAUCCUCUUAGGAAAACACCUGGCACAGCUCGCAAAAUGCCUCAAAUUGAUAUGUUGAGUGAACAGCUUUUCCAGCAGAUUCUGCCAUCGUCUCAGGAGCGUAUGGCUAGUUUUAAGCGUGAUCCCGAGAAGGUCACUCUCAAUGAUUUGGCACGCGAACGAAUGCAUGUGAGUCCGGCAGAAGUGACGACAGUAACAACAGACCUAUUGGCUAACCAUGAUGAUGAUCCAUUGCUUAGCGAUGCACCAGCCUUUGGGCAGGAGAUAACAACAGAACAAUUAGAGCCAGAACAAAAGUCAACAAAUGUAAUUGAACCAGAGUCAAUAGCUAAACCGAUUGCCCAAUUACCCAUUAAACAUCUUAGUGAGAUAAAUAUAGAGCUGGAUGAGAUAACGGCCACUGGAGAACAGCGUGUGGUUCUCGAUGAUGAUGAUAUACAAAUGAGUUUAAAUUUUACCGAAGAUCGACCCAGUCAUCAGGUGUCGGUCAUUGUGAUAACGGUUCAAAAUAAAAGCCGUCAACCAGUCAAAGAUUUCCAAUUCGAGGCGAGCGUGAAAAAGCCCUGCAAGGUGCGUCUUUUGCCGCCUACGGAGAGUGCAAUGCCGCCGCAUAAACCAUUUCGUCCUGCCACGCCCAUCAAUCAAGUGAUGCUACUGCUUAAUCCCACCGGCAAAUCGGUGGAUAUCACCUGCAUUGUGGGUUACAAGCUGGGCGAUGAUCCUGAUCCCAUUAAAGAGUCAAUUGUGGUUCAAGGCAUUGACUAUGUAGAGUAAAACUAAUUUCCACCCAUUACGUAGCCAAAAAAGAAAAAAAAAAAACCCGUCCUUUUGGCAACUUCAAAAAACCAACCAAGGUCAAUUUACAAAAUUAAUUGAAAAUUUAAUUUUCUAUAUUUUGUUUUUAUUUUAUUUUUUUUUUUUUAGUAUUUGUUGAUAAUAUUUACCCCAUAUUCGUCCCCCUUUUGGCAUCUCCUAAUCGUAAAGCCAUAUUGCAUUCUAUGGUACUUAUACAAAAGCAUAUAAAAUAUAUAUAUAUUUAAUUAUUCCACUUUA